CAAGAAGAAGACCACUCUCAUUUAAUUGCCUGAAAUUAAAGCAGAAGAUGUUAGGAGAGCUCAUAACCCAAAGCUUAGUAUUGGUUCUUGGGUAUGCGUACCCAGCUUUUGAAUGUUUCAAAUGUGUGGAGAAGAACAGAGCUGACAUCCAACAACUGCGCUUUUGGUGCCAAUAUUGGAUUGUUGUGGGCUUAGUGAGAGUUUUUGAAAGUGUUGGUGACAUUUUCAUUUCAUGGAUACCAAUGUACAGUGAGGUGAAGUUGGCACUUUUUAUAUACUUGUGGUAUCCAAAAUCCAAGGGGACAACAUACAUAUAUGGGGCAGUGUUGAAGCCAUUUGUAUCAGAGCAUGAGGGGGACAUUGAAAGAAGUGUCCUACAGUUGAGGGAUAGAGCAUGGGACUUGGUCCUCUUUUAUUGGCAAAAUUGUACAGAUUUGGGACAAGAAAAGUUCUUUAAUCUCCUUGAUUUCUUGGCUACUGGAAGAAUGCUUACUACUCUUCAAUCCUCCAACUCCGAGCAUAAAGAUGGUGACCAACAAUGCGCUGGAGCUCCGGGUCCCCUCCCUCCGCCUCCCGCCACCAUCAAAUCAGGUUUUUUCCGACGACACAAAUAGCCUACCGUCAGCGUCAGCGGCCAUUUCUCUGUACAAAUUUCCGGCAAUCCCCGCUACAUUAUUUGUUGAUUCAUUCAUUUAUAUUGACCUUAUUAUCCAACUUAUUAUCCAACUCUUAAAUGUGUUGUCUCUACAAAAAAAACAUCUUUGUAACCCUAUAUCUUUCCAUUUCAUAUUAUUUUUUAUUAAAUCCAAAUAUGUAAUUUAUCCAAUUAUCAAGGACUAUUUGGCUAUGAAAUGGAAGUGAAUAGUACUAAAAAAUGAAUAUUUGGUUUUACU